GACGAUAUAAUGACGUUUAAAUGAUGCGCUCAGGGAACAUGGCGGUGUCCAUGGGACUGUUGGUCCGGAGGCUGAUCCGUCUCUCGCACAGGAAUGUCGCUGUCAGCAGAGCAGCCGUUUUAUCGCGCUCACAUUGUCACUGGGAGCCGUUGUUUUGUCGCAGUUUUAGCGAUGACAGAAAUACACAUUUUGGCUUCGAAACGGUGUCGGAGGACGAUAAAGCGAAGAGAGUGUAUAAGGUGUUUGAAAACGUAGCCCAAAAGUACGACAUCAUGAACGAUGCCAUGAGUCUUGGGAUUCAUCGACUGUGGAAGGACAUGCUUCUGCACGCCAUGCACCCACAGCCUGGUGCCCAACUCCUGGAUGUGGCGGGUGGAACAGGUGAUAUUGCCUUCCGUUUCCUGGAUUAUGUUCGUACUCAACAAGAACAGAAAAGGCGGCGAGAGGUGCGGUCCAUGCAGUUGCAGUCGUGGCAGGAAAUUUCCAACAGCUACCCAACAAUUGACGAAGGAGGACACCAGGAAUCCAGGGCUGUGGUCUGUGACAUCAACAAGGAGAUGCUUAAAGUGGGCAAGGAGAAAGCAGACGGCAAGGGCAUCAGUGCUGGUCUGUCGUGGGUUGUGGGGGAUGCAGAGGAGCUGCCCUUUGAUGAUGACCAGUUUGAUAUUUACACCAUCGCCUUUGGCAUUCGCAACGUCACUCGCAUAGAUCAGGCACUACAAGAGGCACUACGGGUCCUCAAGCCUGGUGGCAGGUUCAUGUGUUUGGAGUUCAGCAAAGUGACAAAUCCUGUGCUUGCAAGGAUUUAUGAUGCAUACAGUUUCCAGCUGAUCCCAGUUUUGGGAGAGGUGAUUGCUGGAGACUGGAAGUCCUACCAGUAUCUGGUGGAAAGUAUCCGCAAGUUCCCUGAUCAGGAGGAAUUCAAAUAUAUGAUUGAGGACGCUGGUUUCUACUGUGUGAAGUAUUUCAACUUGACUGGUGGAGUUGUGGCUCUACACUCUGGAUUCAAGCUGUGAGACGCAAUAUGAAACAAAUGUAUCUGCAAAAAGACUGGCUUUAUGUUUCAGGCGUCUCUGCCUGUGAGAGUUCUUAGAACACGAUGCCCCAGGGAUUCUCUCUGCAGACGGCACUGCACAGUGACAGAAAAUCACUGGUUGGUGGAUGUAUUUGCCAAUGUCACUAGUGACUGUAACUACAGUUCUCACAACUAUGUUUUCAUUGUAUCUGUGGAGUGACUCAAGCAAUUUGAGUACAACUGAUUAUUAUUAUUAUUAUUUUUUAUAUAUAUAUAUAUAUAUGUAACAUCUUGGUCCGUGAUUAUUAAGUACGUAUUUCCAGAACUGUGAAAAUAGGUUUUGUCAUUAAAAAGCAUUGGAAAUAUUAUUAUAGUGGUUGAAUGUUUUUGCAUUUUUGCAAAUAUUUAAAACAAAAUGUUUCUUUGUUUAACAUGUCUGUUCAUUUUGGCCUAUAAAGAAGUUUAAAACCACAAUUAACUGAUUUCUUUACCCAGGUGCAACAUUUUAAAACAUAUCACAUCAGUUUGACUAUAAAAAGUGUAAAAGCCAAAAAUAAUGAUUGCUACCAACGAUAAAACUACUACAAAGACCAACUUUUGGCAGAAAUAAGCUGCAAGAAAUGGAAAGGAAAAUACAACAACAUGGGUUACUUGAAUAAAACUGUAUAUUUUACA